UACCUUUGAGGCACAAACUUUAAUUGUACCCAAACCAUAUAUUAUAUGUAUAAUUACCUGUUUCUUUCCAAACAAUCAACUCCGAAUUGAAGCAGCCUCUGAUCUAUACACGCAAUCAUGGAAUCAUCCAGCUUGCAGCAUACUUCUCUCGACCUCAACCUUAAUCCCUUCCGGCCCAUGAAAGAAGAAGUUCCGAAGAAAGAGCUUGCAGGAGUUUUGGCUCGGGCUGAUGAUCAUCAGAAAGAACCGAUUAAAGAAGAGGCUGGCUUUUUGGCCGAGGAGUUCGAUCGGAUAAGCUCCGAGAACAAGAAGCUGACCGAAAUGCUAGCUCACAUGCGCGAAAAUUACAAUGCUUUGCAAAGCCAUUUGAUGAAUCUCGAGAGCAAUAACUCCAAUAAAGAAUAUCUCGUUAUACCGAGGAAGAGAAAGCUGGCUGAUCAGAGAACUGAUGACCCCUAUGGGAAUAUUGGAGUUCAGGGAAAUAUUGAGUGCAGUUCAUGUAGUGAUGAAGAGUCAUGUAAAAGGUCAAAGGAGUUAAGUUACUCUAAUGCAAAGGUUUCAAGGGUUUGUGUACGGACUGAUGCAUCCAAUACGAACCUAGCUGUAAAGGAUGGAUAUCAGUGGAGAAAAUAUGGUCAAAAGGUCACUAGAGAUAACCCAUCUCCAAGAGCUUAUUUUAGGUGCUCCUAUGCACCGAACUGUCCAGUCAAGAAGAAGGUGCAAAGAAGUGUUGAAGAUCCAUCCGUUUUGGUAGCUACCUAUGAAGGAGAACACAACCACAUGAUGCCCCCGUCUCGAGCCGAAUUAUCAUUAGGCUCGAGUCAAUGUGCAAACCUUGGUUCUGUUAGCUCAGUAUCAUCCAUGAGAUCAUCUUCACGUCCUACAGUAACCCUUGAUUUGAUCCAAACUGGGUUGUCUGAAAUUAGUAACAAAAACUCCAUCGAAGGAGUUGAAGGAUCAACUUUCCAACAGUUUUUACUCCAACAAAUGGCUUCUUCCUUGACAAGGGAUCCCAAAUUCACAGCAGCACUUGCCACCGCCAUUUCGGGAAGAAUAUUGGACUUUACUCUAAAUUGAAAACUCGUAAAAAAAGGACUUUUAGAUAGUUUAUAUAUGCUGUUUUCUAAUUGGCUCCAUCCCAUCAGGGAAGUACUAAUGGAGGGAUCGAUCAUGUAAUUAAUUAUGGAAAAAUAUUUGCAUCA